ACAAUUUUCAAUGCUAAUUAAAAAGAAAUUUAUUUUAAGAAAAUAAAAAGUGCUAUUUUAAUAUAUUUGCAUAAAAAAUAAAAAAAGUUAAUAAUUAUUUAUUUUUUCAACGAUUAUGAUAUUUUCUCUGGGAUUACAACAAUUGGAUUAUAAUUUUUUUUAAUAUUGGAUUACUUUGGUUUAUUUCACAAACAAUUUUAAAGCAUGGAACUCAGUUCAGUGAUCUUGCAAAUUUCGUUUCUUAUCAUAUUUGGCAAAAUGUUGGCAUUUGGAUUUGUCGGUCCAGAAGAGCGAAAGUGUAAAUAUCUAAGAGUGGAUAAAUUAUUGAAAAUACGCUGCUACGAUAUGAAUCUGAAGGAGGUGCCGCAAUAUCUUAAAACAUCGGUAGAGGUUUUAGAUUUAUCAUUUAAUCGCAUUAAGAAACUUAAACGCAGCUCAUUUCAACCCUACACCAGUGUGAAAUAUUUAUUACUCUAUGAAAAUAUGAUACAAUCCGUGGAACCGGGUACUUUUUCACAUCUUACAUCACUACAGGAAAUUGAUCUGUCAAAUAAUGCUCUCAUGACCAUACCUUUGGAGCUGUUGCAAUUGCCUUCAUUAAGAAACUUGUAUAUCGAUAGCAAUGAAUUGACUUUCUUGGAAAGAGAUCUAGAGGCUUUGGAUGCACCCAUCAAAGCCCCUCUAGAGUAUUUGAAUGUGGCCGAUUGUGGUCUGCAGGAUUUACCCAAUUUGGGUAUGUUACCAAAACUUUGGCAUAUAAAUGCCUCUAUGAAUCCUUUAAUGGAUUUAAGUAUUGAUCGUUUUGCCAAUAUGUGCAAUUUGAAGAGUAUAGAUUUAACGCGCACUCAAUUGUCGCAGUGUCAGUGCCAGCAGGCUAACAAUCACUUAAGAAGUUUAGCGGUUAAAACGAAAUUUGUUCCGGUUUGUGUGGAAGUUUUAGACAACUCUAUCUGUCCACUGCCAUAUAAUUUCACCAUUGAUUCUGAAGCAUUUCAGACAUGUAAAAAUUCUGUUAAAAUAGCAGAAGCACGAAGUAUGUGGCUGCUUGUAGCAGGCUGUGCGGGAGGUUUGGUAGCAGUUAUAUUAAUGGUCUGGUUCUGCAUUUACAGAAGACGCAGGAGACGCAAUAAGAAAUUGCGAGCAGCCGCCUUGCAUCGCAAAAGUUUAGUUAUAUCGCCCAAGAAUGCCAUUAAUAGAAACGAAAAGGAGAAGGAAUUUCACUGUACACACAAAGAUGAACUGUUAUACUGUGAUACUGCCUAAACAAAUUUAAUAUUUAAGUUUAGAGUUUUAGUUAAACUUUUGUUUAUAAGUAAAAAGGCCUCCCUCAAAUAUUUACAAAACAAUAAUUUAGUUUUUUUUUAAGAAAAAAACCGCCAUACAACUCUUGUGUAAAAUAAAAUUUUUAUUUAUUUGUUUGUCAAUGUUUUUUCUGUUUGAUGUAGGCAUUAGUAUUAUUAAUAACAAUUAAAUUUAAAUUUACAAAUAACUAGUUAAUUUAGUUGUAUAGUUUGUAUGUGUCUUCAAACAUAUCAUCAAAAGCCAAUCACAAAGGUGCCUUAUUUUAAAAUAAUUUUAAUUUUAAUUUAAUUUAAUAUUUAAUGUUUAUAGUUAAUUAAUUUUUAAUUUAAUUUACAUUUAAGUAACAUCUACUUUUAUAAUUAUUUUUUUUAAUAAUAUUUAGCAAAACAAAAUCCCACCAUAAAAUUAAGCAAAUGAAAAUAAAAACAAACAAAAACGACUUAAUAAAACUACAUACAAUAAAUAAAUAUAAAAUGUGUUAGAAAUUUUAAA